CUGAAUGACUGACUCAAUUUUUGGAUUCUAUUCUCAUGACCAAGCAAAUGUUUGACUUGAAACCAACCUAGUAUAAAUGUCUCUGUGCCUCUAAUUCUGAAUCUAUUCCUGGAUUUCUGCGCUAGAGAAACACAUCAAAAAAUGUCUAAAACUGGAACAAAGAUUACUUUCUAUGAAGAUAAAAAAUUUCAAGGCCGCCACUAUGACUGUGACUGCGACUGUACAGAUUUCCGCAUGUACCUGAAUCGCUGCAACUCCAUUCGAGUGGAAGGAGGCACCUGGGCUAUCUAUGAAAGGCCCAACUUCGCCGGGUACAUGUACAUCCUACCUCGGGGCGAGUACCCAGAGUACCAGCAUUGGAUGGGCCUCAGCGAUCGCCUGGGCUCCUGCAGGGCUGUCCAUCUGUCUAGUGGAGGCCAGUAUAAGAUUCAGAUCUUUGAGAAAGGUGAUUUUAAUGGUCAGAUGUAUGAAACUACUGAAGACUGUCCUUCCAUCAUGGAGCAGUUCCACAUGCGAGAAAUCCACUCCUGUAAGGUGCUGGAGGGUGCCUGGAUUUUCUACGAGCUACCCAACUAUCGCGGCAGGCAGUACCUUCUGGACAAGAAGGAGUACCGGAAGCCCAUCGAAUGGGGUGCAGCUUCCCCAGCUGUCCAGUCUUUCCGCCGCGUUGUAGAGUAAUCACAUAGGUGGGCCAUAAGUUCCUUCCUGGGUUGUCAUCAAAUAGGCAUCAUAAAUAAAACAAUUGGCAUGCA